AUUGUAGGCUAUGGCGAGGCGACUUAUAAGGAUACCGCUUCAAUGAAAGCAAGCGUUUGGCGUUGACAGUUAAAAAAAAUGAAAAGAGACGUUUUCUAUUUUUGGACGACACCCGUAUACACCAGACAUGGACUUACAAAAACACAAUAGCAUGUUGAAAACAAGGAACUGAGUAUGGACAGGAUGUUUAUAAAUUUGUCUUUUGGUGAAAUGUUCUACGGUUCCUGAUAAUAUCAGAAGCGGUACCGAAUCGACAAGAUGCAGCAACGUUGAAUGAUGGAAAACGAUCACGGAUGAAAAUCAAAUAAGGUAACAUAUUAUGAAACCAACAUGGCGCAUGCGGUAGGAACAAUGGCGACUGUUGUCUAUAAUUCUACUGUUUCCAACGACACUUCUGUUCAUCAAAAUAGUACUUCAAAUGCCUACGAUGCGGACGGGGCCAUGAAAUUCACCGUCGCUGUAGUUACUAUGUAUAGUAUAGGGAUGGUAGGAGUACUAGUGAUGGGACUUCGGAACCGGAAGAAAGCCAACGCCGAUGUCGAUAAGGAAGUUGAUUAUUUUAUGAAAGAUAUUAACAAAGUUAGAAUUCGCCUGGAGAAAAAGGGUAGAUUAGAUUCAAUUAAUAAACUUCUUCGUUCAAUGAAUAUAGACACACAAGAAAAAAAUGUGAGUGUUGUCGGUUCCGGGUUGUUACCAUUUAUGGCACUUCCGGUGUUUAUGAGCGAUCAUUCUCGACAACCGGAAGUGACGAUACGAAACACAAAUGACUCUGAACUUGACACUGAUGAAGGAGCCAGCAGCAGUGAUCUUGAGAGCUCCGCGAAUAGUACUGCCGGAUUUUACCGUCGACAGGAAUCGUGCCUUACUGAAAACACUAUAGUGGAGCUAGACGAAAACGACAACAAAGAUGUCGAAGAGCAAGAGUCCCUGCUAAAAUCAAAUUGUUUUGAACUCAAAGAACUACACACGAAAUGCUGACGUCAUAUUGUAAUAAUAAAACUUCACGACAUUAAUGAUCCUGUAACAUAAGUAUAACUGCAUGCAUCAUCUUAUUUGUAAUACGAAAAUAAUACAUAUAACAGCUUUAAAGAUUUAAUAGUAUGUGUGUGUUUUUUUAGUUUAUGUUUAUAUACAAAAUGUUAAGCAGCUUAAUUAUAAAGUGAAGAAAACUAUCACUACUGGAGCAGGAAAAAUUUGCGUGUUACUAAGCUACUAACAAGAUCUUGCCACAUAACUACUUAGUUUUUGUCUAUAAUUCUGCCCUGCAGGUAGGGCGUAAGAAUUGUACCUGCUGCCCCCAUUGCAUGAUCGUAAGAGGCGACU